UACAGUGAAGAUGGCUUCAGCUUUGCCAAUGUCUCGCUGCCAAAGACAAAUGCGACCACACGCUUAUCACAGCCUUCAUCCUGCGACUCCCCAUCCCCUCAAAACGAGGCAGACGCCCAUGUAUGCAGCCAGCACUACUACCUGCCAGGUGGGUACACGUAUUACCACCAUUACCACCUCCAAGACCUCCAAUAGUUGCAGGAGCAGCGGCAAUAACCAUAUGUACUAAUAGCACCUUGGGUAGUAAACAGCCACAAAACUUUCGCUGGGAGUCGGAGCAAAAUGCAUCAACCUAUUUUCACACUGGCUGCGCUACCAGGCCCAGUCACUCAUCGGAUAUGAUAGAAACAACCUCCAGCACGCCGCCAUGUACGAAGCAAGUCCAGACCUCCAGACCCUGGUUGGCUGCUCCAGACCGGCCUGAUGGGGGCCAUCAUGCAGGAAACACCUCGGCCAGGCCAUCAAUCUCCCAGUGGCGGCUGCGAGCUCGACCUCCCGAACCCACUUCUUGCUCGUCACAUACAAGGGUCCAAUCACAAACUGCGGCGCCCCAGCACGGGACCCAAGCCUUGCUGAUGUUCACAGCGAUGGGUCUCACCGGUUGAGGUUCGAAGCCCCGUCCCUGUCAUUUAUGCAGCUCUGAGUGGCUAGGUAACACCGACAUGAGGGGAACCAAGAUACACGCAAAGUACAACUGCGCAUGGUACUGUUUGACGCUCCACUCCGUAUUACAGCACAAGGCAGCCUGAGUUGAGAGGAUAUGAGCUGAAAAUUGGACGAUUUUAGACGACAUUAAACGAUAUUAAAUUACAACAGACGACAUGUCGAAAAUUAUGCUCAUUACUCAGUUUCUUUCAGCUCCCUUCCCGUCUGUGGCUCUACAGCUGAGUGGGCGCGGGUCUUCGACGACGCUGCUGCCGUGUCGAUGAGGCAUGACGUGCGACAAAU